AUGGGUCGAGUUAUUCGAGCUCAGAGGAAAUGUGGUGGAAUUUUUAAGGCACAUCAACGACUGAGAAAAGGUGCAGCACUACAUCGUGUUUUAGAUUAUACGGAAAAGCAUGGUUAUUAUCGUGGAAUUGUUAAGGAAAUUAUUCAUGAUCCUGGUCGAGGGGCACCACUAGCUAAGGUAGUUUUUCGAGAUCCAUAUAGAUAUAAGAAGAGAAUUGAGACAUUUAUUGCAAACGAAGGAAUGUAUACAGGACAGUUUAUCUAUGUAGGAAAAAAGGCGUCAUUAUCAGUUGGAAAUGUUUUACCAUUGGGAAAUAUGCCGGAAGGGACAAUAGCAAGUAAUGUAGAAGAAAAAACGGGGGAUCGAGGCUCAUUAGGUCGAUCUUCUGGAAAUUAUGUAAUUGUCAUUGGACAUGAUCCGGAUAACGGGAAAACCCGCAUAAAGCUGCCUUCUGGUGCGAAAAAAGUUGUUGAUUCUACAUGUCGUGGUAUGAUUGGUAUUGUAGCAGGAGGAGGAAGAAUUGAUAAGCCUAUACUUAAAGCUGGAAGAGCUUAUCAUAAGUAUAGAGUUAAAAGAAAUUGUUGGCCAAGAACAAGGGGAGUGGCAAUGAAUCCUGUAGAUCAUCCAUUUGGUGGUGGUAAUCAUCAACACAUUGGGCAUGCAUCUACUGUUUCUCGUUAUGCUCCUGCUGGUCAAAAAGUGGGUCUUAUUGCUGCCAGACGUACUGGUUUAUUACGUGGGAAUAUUAGAAUUAAAGAUGUAUAG